GUAGUUGCCAAUGUUGAUAAUCAUAAUAAUACAAAAAAUAGAGGUAAGAUAGAAUAUACUCUAACACAUAACCUUCAAACACUAUAAAACUCAUGAUCCAUGUUAUAACUACAAUAACCAUUAAGACCUUCAACAUCAUAAUCAAACACCAUGUCUUCUACUAUCAACAAGAACAAACCUUUUCUAUUCCCACAAGGUAAUUCCACUGUCCUCCCUGACCCCUCAAAAUUCUUCUCUCAAAAUCUGCUAUCCACACCCCUCCCUACAAACUCUUUCUUCCAAAACUUUGUUCUCAACAAUGGUGAUGCACCAGAAUACAUUCACCCUUACCUCAUCAAAUCAUCAAACUCAUCACUUUCUGUUUCAUACCCUACUCGCAAUUCUAAUUCUUCUGUCAUUUCCCAAGUUUUCAACAAUGAUUUCACCAUAACUUCAUCUCAACAAAAAACUAAACAAAGUUCUAAUGCAAAACACAUAAUCACUUCUUAUAGUGAUCUUAGUGUUACCUUAGAUAUCCCUUCUUCAAAUCUGAGUUUCUUUCUUGUUAGAGGAAGUCCCUAUUUGACUUUUUCUGUAACAAAACCAACUGCUCUUACAAUUUCCACCAUUCAUGCUGUUCUUUUUUUCACUUCAAAUGAUUCACAUACCAGGUACAAAAUUCAGCUUAACAAUGGUCAAACAUGGAUACUAUAUGCUUCCUCACCAAUCAAGUUGAAAGCUUUUAUUAAUGAUAUCAUUUCUGAGGCCUUUUCUGGCAUAAUUCGGAUGGCUUUGUUGUCGGAUUCCAAUUCGGAAAAUGAAGCUGUUCUUGACAGGUUUAGUUCUGUUUACCCUUUAUCAGGUAAUGCUAAACUUGGAGAACCAUUUUCUGUUGAGUAUAAGUUUGAGAAGGAAGGUUCAGGUGAUUUGUUGCUAUUAGCACACCCUCUUCAUCUUCAACUUUUAUCUAAAAGUGAAAGUGAUGUAACUGUUCUUGAUGAUUUCAAGUAUAAAAGCAUUGAUGGUGAUCUUAUUGGUGUUGUUGGUGAUUCAUGGCUUUUGAAAACAGAACCUGUUUCAAUUACUUGGCACUCAAGCAAAGGUGUAAAAGAGGAAUCACAUGAUGAAAUUGUUUCAGCACUUUCUAAAGAUGUUGAAGAUUUAAACUCAUCUGCAAUAUCAUCAACAACAUCAUCUUAUUUUUAUGGAAAAUUGAUUGCAAGAGCAGCUAGGCUUGCAUUGAUAGCUGAAGAGGUUUUCUUCUUUGAUGCUAUUCAAAAAGUUAGAAACUUUUUGAAAGAAACCAUUGAGCCAUGGCUUGAAGGAACUUUCAAUGGAAAUGGUUUUCUAUAUGACAGAAAAUGGGGAGGAAUUAUUACUCAACAAGGGUCUAAUGAUGCUGGUGGUGAUUUCGGUUUCGGAAUUUACAAUGAUCAUCAUUAUCAUAUAGGCUACUUUCUUUAUGCAAUUGCAGUUCUUGUUAAGAUUGAUCCAGCAUGGGGAAGAAAGUAUAAGGCACAAGCCUAUUCACUUGUGGAAGAUUUUAUGAACUUGAGUAUAGAAUCAAACUCGAAUUAUACACGUUUGAGGAUGUUCGAUCUUUAUAAGUUGCAUUCGUGGGCCGGAGGGCUAACCGAGUUUUUAGAUGGAAGAAAUCAAGAGAGUACUAGUGAAGCUGUGAAUGCAUACUAUGCUGCAGCAUUGUUAGGAAUGGCAUAUGGUGAUGCUCAAGUUGUGUCCAUUGGAUCAACACUAACAUCAUUGGAAAUUCUUGCAGCUCAAAUGUGGUGGCAAGUGAAAGAAGGAGGAGAUUUGUAUGAAGAAGAGUUUACAAAAGAGAAUAGGGUUAUGGGAGUUUUGUGGAAUAAUAAAAGAGACACUGGACUUUGGUUUGCACCAGCUGAGUUUAGAGAAGCUAGGCUUGGAAUUCAGCUUCUUCCAUUGGCUCCUAUUUCUGAAGUUUUGUUUUCUGAUGCUGAUUAUGUGAAGGAUCUUGUUGAGUGGACAUUGCCUGCAUUGAAUAGGGAAGGUGUUGGUGAAGGAUGGAAGGGAUUCUUGUAUUCAUUGGAAGGAAUCUAUGAUACUGAAAGUGCUUUGGAGAAGAUAAGAAACUUGCAUGGUUUUGAUGGUGGAAACUCUUUGACUAAUCUUUUGUGGUGGAUUCAUAGCAGAGGUGAAGGUGGUGAUGAGUAGGAAGAAAUAUUUGGUUAACUACCAUUUUGGUCUUUACGUUCACUAUGAGUCUGUUUGAUCUGCAAAAUAUAAAUACUGGACAUAUAAAAGAAAAGCUCAAAAAUGAGUAAAAAGAGAGUAAAGUUGUUAUCAUUAUAUUGUUUCAUUUCAUGCUUUGUUUGUAUCUUUCAUUUGGUUUUUAAUUGUUGUCUUCUUAUACUUAAUAGUGCUUGAAUGAGAUGGUUUGAGUUUUUUUUUUUGCCUGAUAAGAAAUUUUGGAUUCGAUCCAGCAGUAUUAAAACUCUUGAGGGAGAGCUUUGCCGUUCAUAUUAGUUUGUUCUAUUGUGCGCAGAAGGUAGCUGAUUUAAAAAUACAUAAAUUGUUGUCUCUACUUAUAAUAAUUCCUUAUAUGAAUGAAUAAUAGUUGUGUAGCUUUCAUUCAUUUUUGGUACAUGAAUACAUGAUGACUUUUGUAUUCAAUUCUUUGCCAAGUUGUUUGUGGGACAUGAUGACUUUUUUUAUGCCUUUUUGGAAAUAUUCAUUUUUAAUUAAAGCCAGCUGCUACUACUGAUACAGUAAUAAAUAAAUGCAACUUAUAAAGGCAUUAUUUAAAACUAUUGAGUCAAACAAAAGAAAACAAAUAAGCACAGUAAUAUAGAUAGUAUUUGCUAUCUUUUAUCAUGUUUGUGAAGGAGAUUCAUAUUUAUAAUAUUUAUUAGACCAACAAAUUCAACUUUAAUAAUUGAU